AUGGUGUAUAUAGUCGACGAAGACCUAUGCUAUUUCGGCGGUGAACUGAAAUAUUUGGAUUGGAUUGAUCCUAAUUGUUUAUCUUUGAUGGAGCUGGAUGGAUAUCUUGUAGAUUUCGGUUAUAUUGAAAGUGUCAGAUUGAUGGAGGAAUAUAGGACAAUUCAUGGUUGGACAUAUUAUUGGAGAAUUCCAGGAGAGCAGCUAAAGGAAGGGUUACAUGAACUGACCUGUGACAAGGACAUUCUAGAUAUGGCUACCAAGGUUAUUCAAGAUACCAAGUUUGUGGAGGUGUACCUAAUCAAUAAAGAAGAACUGAGUAAAGCUAGACUAGAAGCAGAUGGAGAAGAAAAUGACAGAGAAAGUGACCAUGACAUUCUGCAGAUCAACAUGACCAAUGAAAGAGAAGGUUGCAGAAUGGGAACAAGUGAGAAUGAUCAGGGACCAAGUUUACAUGAUAAGGAUGAAUCAAAUUUGAUUCAUGUUGAUAUGGAUUGGGAGACUGGCAGAGAAGGUGACACUAGGGAAUCAAAUGAGAUUCAUGUUGAUGGCAGGCUAGAUAGUGAUCAGGAACCAGGUUUGAAUGAUAAUGAUGAACGUAGUGAUCAGGAACCAGGUUUUGAUAAUAAUGGUGAUGGUGACAACCAUCACAUUUUUAUUGAUGAUGCGUUUGAUGGAGAUAUUGAGGAUGUCGUGUAUGAUUCAGAUUAUCUGGGAAGUGUCCACUCGGAUGAUGAAGCACAAAGAGUACCAAUCGUUCAAGAUAUCCUGAGUUCAACCCAGAGAAAGACAUGA